UCUUCAGCGGCCGGACCUCCGCCAACAUGCCGCCGGUGUCGCUCGCGCGCGCGCUCCGGCGACGCUCCAUCGCGGAACACUUCCUUCGGAGGACACUCAAAGGAUCACGCAUGCCGCCGCCGGCGGUCAAUCUGUGGUGUACGGUGAUACUUUUGGCUUUUCUGCGGAUCGAUCAGUUCAUUGUUAAUGCCGAUUGCUGGUACGAGGGCGAGCGAUUCGAAGAGGGCGUGCAGGUCGUCACGAAUGAACCGUGCUUGAAUUGUACGUGUUCACGGGGUGCUUUGUUGUGUUAUCUGCGGGUGUGCCCACGGUUGCCUAAUCCACCUCCGCCGGGUUGCAUACUUUUACAUCGGUAUAAAGCAUGUUGUCCGGAAUUAAUAUGUUCAGACAUACCCUCUGGUAACAGUAUUGAAGCACGAUCUGAAGUGGAUCCAGAUGAAAUCCUGCAAAAUCAUCAAGAACAAAUGAAAAAUGCAUGUAUAUCAAAUGGUAGUGUUUAUGCACCUGGCUCAGCAAUGGAUUCAUCCUCACUCUGUGAAUUUUGUUAUUGCCUCGCCGGCGAACAAAAAUGCGUCCGACCCAAAUGUCUCUUACCACUGGAUGGCUGCACAGCCGCAUACGACGAUCACGACUGUUGCCCGACGCGGUAUAAUUGCACGCGCGAUUUGUUUACAACCACGUCGACGACCACAUUAGCACCUCGCGAGUAUGAAUCUCAAGGUGGUUGUAUUGUCGAUGGCAGUUUUUAUCCGGAAGGCGGUAAAGUCCUGGGCAUUGGUCACUCCGCAUGCGAUAAUUGCUACUGCCUGCGUGGUUUAGUGCGCUGUGAGCCUCUUUCUUGCGCUUCGCCUCUUUUGGGCUGCACGCCGGUGAUUCGCGCCGGCGAAUGUUGCGCCGCCAGCUAUAACUGCAGCGGCGCCAUUGAGACACAACCGGAAGCAAACUAUGGACAAUUCCCGACUGUUAGUAAAGAAUACGCGAAACUACACAAACAUGUCCAGCAGCAUAAACGGACAACGCCAAAAACGGAAAAACCUUUAAUUAAUAACAUACCGUAUUAUGUAAUUGCGGAAAGCACGAAAGAACGGCAACCAGACGAACAGAAGUAUCCCACAACACGUUCGUAUAUUAACAACACACCAGGUGGCGCUGCAAACGUUGCUAGCAAUCGCUUCAUCACACAAAGUCCAUUUUAUUAUAAUUUAACCAACACACAAAAGAAAAAUGCCUCACACAGUUUAGACAUAUCAUCAAAUUCCUCGAGUGACAUUUCAAAAAAAGAGAAAAGUAAUCAACAUCCGGAGAUUUACUACGUGCCAACUAAAGUCACCGGGAGUAAUCCGGAUAUUUAUCGCGAAGAUUCCCUAGCUACGACAAUACGUCACAAAAAGUACACUUCAUCAUCGGAGGUCAAGCUGAUUCAGAAUGUGCUCGAAGAGCGAAUAAUCAGAGGAAUUAUUAAUCGUAGCAGAGAUGAGAAUGUUGUGAAUGCAACGACGGUGACGGCCAUAACGGAAGUCGAACAAUCGACAACAGAGAAUGCUACAAUAACAACAGAAGCACAGGAACAAACUGAAACACUGUCUACACUUGCAGCAGAUGCAGAAUUAACAACGUCUUUGAUUGACUCAACUACGAUACAAGAUGGCGAGUCAACUACGGAAGAAGAUAUAACCUCAACGCCGUAUUUUGAGUUGGUAGAGUUGAUAACUUUCAGAACCGUGUCGAAUUCGACUGAUUGUUUGAAUGAUGCAUCUGACAAUGAAUUACGCCAUGGUUUUAAUAGUGUUGAUGAUUUGACUGAGAAUCCAACAACGGAGCAGUUUUUAUUUUCAACUGAUGAGAAUAUUAAUACGAAUGAAAUUGAAUCUACAACUGAUGGUGAUGGUGAAAUUAGUAAUGAAAUCAUUUCGACUGAGUUUACGACUGUUUCUGAUAGUACAGAGAUACCAACCACAACGGAUGUGGUUAAUAAUGUAAAUUCUGCAACUGUGCAACCUAAAACAAAAAUUGUACUUCAGAAUAUUCUUAAUGGGAAUAAUAAAACUAUGGAUUAUGAUUAUGAUUAUACCGCGCCUACGCUACCGCCAUCUCUACCUAAUUUAAGAAUUAUUCCGUUUGUGGCUGCUGAUGCUCUGGAUUCAAAGUCUGAUGCAACAAAAACAAGCAACGUGUAUGCUGAAGAGAAAAACUUCCCGUUUAGUAAUCAGUUUUCACCGCCAGCGGAAACAGAAGGUGGUUUUGUACCUAAAGAACCUCCGAUUAUGAUUGACAGAUUUUACGAGGACUACCACACUACAAAUAUUGGUAAUAAUGGUGUUACUGCAAUGCCACCUAUACCAUCUUUAACAAACCCACCUAAAACAGAUGAAAAUAAUUGUAUGAUUGAUACAAAAGAAGUAAAACAUGGCGAAUCUGUCACCUCUGAAGGAAACUGCGCGCUUUGCGUGUGUUUCUACGGAAGUAUCGUAUGUCAUGAGCCGCAAUGUGCGCUACCACAAAAUGGCUGCCGGAAUUCUAAUAAAAUUGAUAGAUCUACGUGUUGUCCAGAAAUUGUUUGCGAUGCAGAUGAAUCACCAACAAUAGUCUUAGAUAAAGUAGACAUAUCAAAUUCAACAGUUGCCGAACCUGUGACCCCUGCAGAUCCUUUCAAAGACGUUAUUCGUACAGAACCAGCACCCGAUCUACAACUACUCAUCGGAGACAUGUCUAAUUACUUACUUAAAAAGUCUACAACCACAACAACAACCACACAACCACCUAUAACAAAUGAUAAUUCUUCAUCACACCAAAAAGACGACUUAGAAACUACAGACGAUAAAGAUUUAAGUUUUAACAAAAUAUGGGACAUGUUAUUCAACUCUGAAGAAGUAACCACAAAAAGCACAACUAUAACAACCCCAAGAAUCAACACAACCACAACCGGGCACUUUCAAAAUGGCGGCGAUCGAAACACAGUCGAAACACGUGAGAACAUCGACAAUAAUCUAGGAUUAGCCUGGGCGUCGUCCAUAGCAUCAACAAAACGACAAGAAUACGUCCCAGGAUUACUAAAACUAGCCGGAUGUAAUAUUUACGGAAGAAUGUAUCGUGUCGGCCGGAUAAUCUCGGAACUCUCCGGGCCGUGCAUGGAAUGUAAGUGCACUGAGGUAGGCGUACAGUGUGAGAAUCUGACGUGCUGACAUCCACCAAGCGGCAAUUACUGAAUACAGACUUCGAUCUCACUCGAUUGUGUACUCGUAGGCAGGAUGCAGUGCAAAUUUAGUCGAAAUAAGCAAAGCGAACGAUGAUGUAAGUGCCAUUGUAAAUUUCCCAGCGUUUUUCACACUAUUGUACACAAGAUGGCGGCCGGUACUCUUCCAGCACUAUUUUACCAAAACUUUUGGAUCUUGCGAGAUAGUUUUGAUAAGAAAAUUCCUAUGUGACGCCAGUAUAGAGGCUUGUUUAAAUGUAAGUGAUCCUCCAAAGAUUCGAUUAGAUACUUAGACGACCUAAACGGACACAUUGAUUUGAAUAACCUACAAAUUUGUCAAAAUAACAUCCGCUACUCGAAUGAUGAAGUUGAAGUUACCACAUUGCAGGCUGAAGCAAAGGAAAGAAAUUGAAUGUGUGUCCGUUUAGUGAAUAUCUACAGAUAAAUAAACAUCCUUUAAAUUAUUUAUCACAAAGUUAGUUGUAUGUAUAUUUUUAUAAAUAAUUAAAUAGAAAUUUGUUUCUCAAAUCGAGUAAAUGCGAUCACAACAGUAAGAAGUUACAUAGUUUUGCUAUUAUGUAAGUACAUCGCGUACAGAUUAUAGAAUUAUCAUAUAAAAAUGUUAAUAUAUUCAAUCGUCAUUCAUAAAUAUAAAAAUUAAGCUAUGCUACAUGUGUAAAUGUACAUUACAGUCUUAUGCUCUGAUUGAAUACGAAUUACAGACAUUAAACCUGA